CAGGAAUCCCACGUGACGUCACCGGGGGGUGACGUUAUGCUUCUCUAAAUAGAACGUAUUGUAAUCUUUCCUCAGUCCAGCGUGGUUUCUUCUGAGCGACUGCUUCACAUUUUCUACACUUGUUGGUUUUAUGACAAGUUGUGAUGAACUCAGACCAGGAAAGGCCGUACAUUUGCAACGCUCCCGGCUGUUCUCAGCGUUUUCCCACUGAAGACCAUCUGAUGAUACAUCGACACAAACAUGAGAUGACCCUUAAGUUUCCCUCCAUAAAGAAUGACAACAUGUUAUCAGACCAGACGCCGACGCCAACGCGCUUCCUGAAGAACUGUGAGGAGGUGGGACUGUUCAGUGAGCUGGACUGCUCCAUUGAGCAGGAGUUUUGCAAGGCUCAGGAAGAAGAGGACUCAAAACAGAUCAUCUCUCUACACGGCCCGGGGGGCCAAGGCCAACACCAGCAGUCCCACUCAAGAAUGGGCAACCAUGAUACCAGCAUAGUGAUCCAGCAGGCGCUACCCUCUCCUCAGUCCAGCUCCGUCAUCACUCAGGCUCCAUCCACUAAUAGACAAAUAGGGCCUGUCCCUGGCUCUCUGUCCUCACUGUUGCACCUACGAAACAGACAGAGACAGCCUCUGCCAGCCUCCAUGCCUGGAACGCUGCCAGACCCCACCAUGCCUGGCUCCUCUGCUGUAUUGAUGCCUAUGGAGAGACAAAUGUCAAUGGCUGCCAACAUGAUGGGUAUGCAAGGUCCCGCCCACAGUAGCGUCUGUUCCUCCGCGCACAUUCCCUCCAUGCACUCAGAAGCCAAACUGAGGCUGAAAGCUGCACUUUCACACCACCCGGGCGCCAUCACCAAUGGAAACAUGAACUCCAUGGGCCACAUGAUGGAGAUGAUGUCGUCGCGGCAAGAGCAAGGCAGCCACCAUCACAUGCACUCGCACUCGCACUCGCAUCCGCACCAGCACAUGCAAGCACCUCCCCACGCAUACCAGCACCACGGCCAUCAUCACCACAGCCAGGGGCACGGCCAGGGCGGCCACCAUCACCCGCAGGCACACAAUGCCCAUCACAACUCCCAUAAUGCCCACCUCCAUUCCGGGCACGCCCACCAAACCUCGCCACACCCUGCAAUGCACUCCGCUUCACAGAUGUCUCCCGCCACACAACAGAUGCAGCCCACGCAGACGCUGCAGUCUCCGCCCCCUAGCGGCGGCCGACGCAGGAGGGUAGCGGACGAGGACCCGGACGAACGUCGGCGGAAGUUUCUGGAACGGAACCGAGCGGCGGCGACGCGAUGCAGGCAGAAGAGGAAAGUGUGGGUGAUGUCGUUAGAGAAGAAAGCAGAAGAACUCACACAGACCAACAUGCAGCUUCAGAAUGAAGUGACAAUGCUAAAGAACGAGGUGACCCAGCUCAAGCAGCUCCUCCUCACACACAAGGACUGUCCAAUCACCACUAUGCAAAAAGAGUCCCAAGGUUACCUCAGUCCGGAAAGUAGUCCAGCAGGAAGUCCAUCUCCAGCUUGCACGCAACAGCAGGUCAUCCAGCACAACACCAUCACCACCUCCACCACAACUAUAGGGGGCAGCGGCGUGCACGGACACGCCAACAGCCGAACAGACAUUAACGCCAUCCAUUAGGACCCCGACAGACUGUCAAGCCCUCGUGGUGGGACCAAACCCCCCCCACUCCCCCUCCUCACACAUGCUCUGUACUGCUCCCCGUGCUACACACGUCAGCCAUCAAGAAGAACCUCAAGGGCCUCCAAGGCUGUUCUUUUUACAGUGCCACGGUGUGUAUUUUUAUAGUGCCUAUAACCUGCUCAUGUUUUAUGUUGUGUUGCAUCUUUACUAUUGCUUUUGUGGCGUUAGCUUGCAGCAAUACUCCCGCGGCGUGUUUUUGUAGCGGUACAAAGUGGACCAUAGCGUUCAUGAAACGAGAGGGAAAAGACUGGAGACAGUCAUCUCUUAAAGGGACUUACUUAUUAAAGCAUUUCCAGCACGUUCAGGGAGACAACUAAAACGUUCUUACAAGUUUUUAGUAGGCCUUUGUACACUUUUUUUUUAUUUUAUUUUGUAAAAAACAAUGUAUUGGAAAUAAUUCAAACUGUCAACAUGAUACAACUUUCAUUAACUUUAAAGGGGAACAUUAUCACAAUUUCAGAAGGGUUAAAACCAAUAAAAAUCAGUUCCCAGUGGCUUAUUUAAUUUUUUGAAGUUUUUAUUUUUAUUUUACCCAUCCCGGAAUAUCCCUAAAAAAAGCUUUAAAGUGCCUGAUUUUUGCUAUUUGUGACGCCAUCGUCCAUUUUCCUGUGACGUCAUCCAGUGAUGCCAAUACGGAUAGCACAGCAAGAUAUAGCGACAUUAGCUCGGAUUCAGACUCGGAUUUCAGCGGCUUAAGCGAUUCAACAGGUUACGCAUGUAUUGAUAACGGUUGGUUGGAGUAUGGAGACUGAUAGCGAAAACGAAAUUGAAGCAGAAACUGAAGCUAUUGAGCGAAUAGCUAUUGACGCUGUUCGGCCAUGUUUGCCUUAGCAUCGCCGGUAAAAUCUGCAGACCAACGAUCAGAAGUUUCGCAUCUUGUGACACUGGAUCAACUUAAAUCCAUCGAUUGAUAGGUGUUUGUUUGGCAUUAAAUGUGGGUGGAGGGAAACGCUGGAUGUAAAUAUAGUUUCAAAUGUACAUACAGCUAGCCUAAAUAGCAUGUUAGCAUCGAUUAGCUGGCAGUCAUGCCGCGACCAAAUAUGUCUGAUUAGCACAUAAGUCAACAACAUCAACAAAACUCACAUUUGUGAUUUAGUUGACUUUAUCGUUGAAAAUUCAUCUCCUUUGAGUGUCGCAGGAUAUCCACACAAUCUUGCUAUUUCUGUAGUAGCACAGCUUUCGUCGGUAAAGUGUGCGGAACAAACGACUGACCAUUUCGUCGGCUUUCCCCAUACCCUCGUAUUUUGAACAAAUUUCGUCCAAUUUCUUACCACUUUCGCAUCUUUGGGCUAGUGGUGCAACUUGAAUCCCUCCCUGUUAGUGUUGUUACACCCUCCGACAAUACAAUACCGACGAGGCAUGUUGUCUCCAAGGUUGCAGAAAAUAGUCGAAAAAACUGAAAAUAACAGAGUUGUUUGAGAAAAUGGCGGCUUUAUUACCUAGGUGACGUCACUUUCUGAUGUCAUCGCUCAUCGCUCAGGCAGCGAUAAAUAGAAAUGUGUUUAAUUCGCCCAAAUUCACCCAUUUAGAGUUCGGAAAUCGGUUAAAAAAAUAUAUGGUCUUUUUUCUGCAACAUCAAGGUAUAUAUUGACGCUUACAUAGGUCUGGUGAUAAUGUUCCCCAUUAAAGGCAAUGUCUUAAGGAAUGUUUGAACUAAGGCUGUCAAAUAAUAAAAGCAUUUAAUCAGAUUAGUCACACUUGAAUUGUAAUUAAUCGUGAUUAAUCACAGUAAAUUACUUAUAAUGUAAAUUAAGUUUAAACAACACCAAUGUAAUUUCAUUGUCAGAAUAUCAUACAUGAUUUUUUUAAUGUUUUAUUUGAAUGCACUUCAUUUAUUUUUAUCUUAAGUAGCAUUAGACCUACUCAGUGGCCUAGUGGUUAGAGUGUCCGCCCUGAGAACGGUAGGUUGUGAGUUCAAACCCCGGCCGAGUCAUACCAAAGACUAUAAAAAUGGGACCCAUUACCUCCCUGCUUGGCACUCAGCAUCAAAGGUUGGAAUUGGGGGUCAAAUCACCAAAAAUGAUUCCCUGGGUGCAGCCACCGCUGCUGCCCACUGCUCCCCUCACCUCCCAGGGGGUGAUCAAGGGUGAUGGGUCAAAUGCAGAGAAUAAUUUCGCCACACCUAGUGAGUGUGAGACAAUCAUUGGUACUUUAACUUUAACUUUAAUUUGACUUUAUUUUAAAGUGGUUAACCAUCUGCGUUUAAGGUAAGGGAGCAUGUGUGGCCAAAAUAAAUUGGGUGAUUAAUAGAGGGGGGAAUCUUUAAGCACCUCAUGACACGAUUCUAUUGCAAUUUUUGGGUUGAUGAUUCGAUUUAGAAUCAAUUCUGGAUUCAACACGAUUUUCAUAAUAUAAUAUUUGGUAUAGGAAUUAUAAUAAAACCUUUUCAAAACAGGUUACAAAGGCUACUCUUGGCUGCUGACGUGUGACUUAUAUGAGCAGUGUUGGCCUAAAAAGUGUUUUAAAGUUGUAUUAUGAACAUUUUAUUUCCAAAAAUCACAGAAUGUUAAUCAAUCUAUUUAAAGAAAAUACAGCAAUUGCAACGCCAACUCCAUCCCAACUUUAUCAAACCCAAAUUUAUAAAAGUCUCAUUAACUAUGGUAUUAUCAAUAACGGUUUUAAUCCAAAAAUGUAUUCUUUAAAAAUACAAAAAUUUAAAAAAUCGAUUUGGAAUCAAAAUAAAUGCAAAUCACGAUUUGCAUGUGAAUCAAUUUUUUGGAUUAAACUGCAUUGAUGCAUAAUUUAUGCCAUCAUUUUUCAUGGAUUAAUCGCACGUUACAUUUGACAGCCCUAAUUUUAUCAGUCUAACAAGUGUAAAAAGUGCCUACUUAACAGCACUUAUAAAAGCUACGGUAAAAAAAGGCAUAUUGUACUGAGCAGCCUGGGCAUGGGUGUCUUAUCUCCGCCUAUCUCCUUUGCUAUUGUUGUCAUCAAAUUGUUCCUGUUUGCCAUAUUUUCUGUGCUGGCAGUAAAAAAAAAGCCAAAGAAAAAGCCAUACUUUAGAUUCUCACUGAACUGAAUGAAGUUUUAGACUUUAGAGUCGUGUUUUUCUCAUUGUAUGUCAUUCUGGACGUUUCUCUUUAGAAGUUCCACUGUGUUCGAAUUCAAAUCUAUACCUUGCUAUGAACUUGAAAGUAGUAUAAUUAUAAAAAAUACUAAUUCAUUUUUGUACAAAAUCCUACUAAAUGAUCUUGACAGCAGUAUGUCAGGUGCAACUAGUUCCAGGAUUUGGACAAUGAAAGUUUUUAGGAUUUUGCCUUCAUACGCCACCACAACUGAUCGGACAUACAUCAAAAUGUGAUUAAAUUGAAGACUUUAAAUUUAAAAUUUCAAUGGAAUUGUGCCUAUCGUUCACAAUCAUUAUGAGAGAAAACAAGACAAAUGUUUUAUUUUAAAUUUUUUGAGCUUUCCAACAUGUCCAAAUCAACUUGUUCUUGGUGAAUAGCAAUGCAGCUAAUGGGAGCAAACAGCUCUACCUCUAAAUCACUUUAAAAAUGCAUUAAGAAAGGUCACAAUUACUUAACUUAUGUUCCGUACCCUGUAUAAUAACCAAGUUGUAGUGAAAUUGUUAUUGUAAGAGGGAACACUGAGGAACUCUUUUUCUAGCGUACUAACACAACAGCAUGUUUUGGUAUUAGCCGUAAAAGUUAACUACGGCAAGAGAUAAAACUGCGAUACCAUACCAAUUUUUACUGACUGAAAAACAUGAACUAUCAUAUUACAGUAUCUGUUAAAUAUCAACCCAUAUUUCAUGUUUUGUUUGGACACCGCUGAGAUUGUCAGACAGUGUAUGUACUGUAGUUCUGCAUGCAUAAUGAUCGAUUUUAAAGUGUGACUAACUCAACGGACAGUUGUGCGUUUGGUACAGAUGGCCGGGGACGUUUUUCCGUUUUUUGGGGUAAGCACUCCAUUUAUGUUGAAAUGGCUUGGCUCCAAGUUCCACGUUUAUAGCGUCAAAGUCACUUUCACCUCACUCUCUCGGCUAAUUCUGCUCCAAUGUCUCACUUGUCCUUUGUGCUCGCUUCUAUAAGCAAUAGUUCAUCCUCCGUAUAUUCAGCUUCAAAAGUAUAAGGUUGUGAAUCCCUGCUUGUCCAUAGAUAGUGGCUUUUUUGUCUGCUACCAAGUCCGCCAUGAUAAGAAAACACAUUCGCGUUUGAUUCUGGAAAUAGAAACACACAUGUCGCCAGAAGUGAGACACGCGCUGCUAUGGAAACGGAAAUCAAUGCCUGGAAGGAAUCAGU